CAGCCAUUUUCAGUUUUGUACUUGUAUUCUCUUUGAAUCAUCAUCAAUUAAAGUUCCAUCUUUAGGAUCUUGAUAACCUGUGGGAUUCCCUAUGUGGGUUUAUGGUGGGGCUUCUUAGAUUGUGUAAGGAGAAUCUUGAACAAACAACAAAGCAAAUAACUUAGAACUGAAAAUAGAAAGUUUUUCUAAGAAUAUUUGAAGACAAAGAAACUCAGAGAUGAUUACAAGGUUUGACCAAUUAGUAAAAGUCAACAUAUCAACUUUUACUCAACCUUUUGAUGUUCCAAAGGUUUUUAUGUAUCAUCUCAUUUAAUAUAAAGAAAUCUUAACUGGGGUUUCUUCAUUGAUUGAUAUUGUUGCUACUGCCCAUGACUAAUGGACAUGUUUGACCAGCCAGAAAAGUCAAAGUUGCUGAUAUUUAUUGGAAAAAAGUUUAUCUUUUCUUAGUUUUUAUAUAACAUUCUGGAUAUCUAAAUGAUAUAGUUAGUUGUAUGUGUCAAGGUUUGUUUAGUUCUCUAGUUAUGAUUCUGAAGAAUGUUUCUCUUCGUUUCGACAGAUAAAUCUUAUAGUGUGUGUUGGAAUAAAGAUUAGCCAUGAAUGACAAUGUAUUCACUUUCGAUAAUUCAUCUGAUUCACUUAUGGAUUUUGAUUACAUGGACGAGCUCUUAUUAGAUGGAUGUUGGUUACAAACAACAGAUGGAUCCGAAAUCUCAAACAAGAAUACUUCUGUUCCAAACCCUCUUUUUGAACCUUCUUCUCAGUGGCCUAAAUUGGAAUCUGACAUGGUGCCAAAUGACAUUGUGACUCCUGGAAUAAAUUCGCCGAAAUCCCAUGUCAAAAAUCUCAUUACUUUGCCAAACCAAUCUGAAAAUCUUUCCGAAUCAAGUAAACGAUGGUGGAUUGCACCUAGCCCUUCCAUUUCUGUUAUGGAAAGAUUGAUUUAUGCAAUUGAUAACAUAAAAAAUUACACAGUUGAUAAAAAUGUACUUAUUCAAGUAUGGUUACCGGAAACCAUAGGGGGCAAGAAAUUUCUAAGUACAAGUCAACGGCUUUUUUCACUUGAAUUGAAGUGUCCUAGACUUUCUAACUACAGAAAUAUAUCGAAAACUUAUCAUUUUCCGGCCGAAGGAGAUGCAAAAGAGAGUGUUGGGUUGCCCGGAAGGGUAUUUAAGGAAAAGGUUCCUGAGUGGACACCCGAUGUUCGACUUUUCAAUGCUAAAGAGUAUCCAAGAGUUUCUCAUGCUCAACAACAUGGUGUUAGUGGGAGCGUUGCAGUUCCGGUUUUUGAUCAAGAUGUUAAGGAUUGCAUAGGUGUUUUUGAGCUUAUUAUGACCUCUCAAAAAAGUAAUUACUCCCUAGAGAUUCAAAGUGUUUGUAAGGCUCUUGAGGCCGUUGACCUCAGGAGUUCUGAAGAUUCAAAUUCACACAAAAUCAAUGUAAGCAACGGAUUCUAUCAUCCAGCCUUACCGGAGAUUUUUGAAACUCUAAAAUCUGCAUGCAUAAUGCAUAAUUUGCCAUUAGCUCAGACAUGGAUUCCAUGCAUCCAACAAGGCAGCAAAGGCGGUUGUCGCCACUCUAACGAAAACUUGAUCCGCUGUAUUUCCACCGUUGAUUCUGCUUCGUACGUAUCUAACCGUCAAUUUAAAGAUUUUCAAGAAGCUUGUUCAGAACAUCACCUUUUUGUAGGUCAAGGUGUUGUAGGCAAAGCUUUUUUGGUCAACGAGCCGUGUUAUUCAUCUGAUGUGACAUCAUACACGAAAACUGAUUACCCACUUGCUCAUCAUGCUAAAAUCUUUGACUUGCAUGCUGCUGUGGCUAUUCGUCUUAGAUCCAUCUAUGGUGUUACUGUAGACUUUGUGUUGGAGUUCUUCUUGCCUAUCGACUGCAAGACUGAUGAUGGCCAAAAGGGUUUAAUUAGUUCUUUGUUGAAUAUUAUACAAAAGGUUUGUGGAAGUUUGAGGAUUGUUACAGAGAUGGAGUUGCAGGAAGAUGGUGUAAAUGAAGGGUUACUUAUUUCUGAUACAGAACAGAUAUCAAAAGUUCAAGAAACUGACAAUCACUGUCCAAGUUCGGGCUCAGGUUCUGGCACGCCCAUAGAAAAACGACGUGUAGGUGCCAAAUUGGAGAAAACUAUCACUUUAGAAAUGCUAAGGCAACAUUUUGCCGGCAGCCUGAAAGAUGCUGCCAAAAAUAUGGGUGUUUGUCCGACGACACUCAAACGGAUAUGCAGGCAACAUGGGAUACAACGUUGGCCUUCCCGGAAAAUCAAGAAAGUUGGCCACUCGUUAAGAAAGAUCCAACUUGUGAUGGACUCGGUCCAUGGCGGGUCGGGUUCAUUUCAAAUUGAAUCUUUCUAUUCGAACUUUCCAAAACUUGCUUCUCCGGACCCAUCAAAGCAGACCCGUUCCCCUUUUUCGACUAAAAAUCGCGAAAGUUCGGAUUUGAAGGCUGCUGAUGGCGCCACUGCCGUUACUUCAUGCAGCCCAAGUUCGAGUUCCAGUCAUUCUUUAUCCGGUGGGACCCACCAUGUCCAAAUCGCCGAUGAAGAUACAGGGGAGGGCACUCUCAAAAGAACCAAAAGUGAUGCAGGUAUUCUUACGUCCAAUGCAUCAAAUAUUCAAAAUCAAGAACCAAAGAUCUUUCUAAGAUCUCAUAGUCAUAAAUCGCUUAACGAGCCUCUGAAGUUGCAAAAUCUUCCCCCUAAACCGCGCAUUAAACCAGAAGGCCACCUUUGGAGGGUUAAAGUGACAUUUGGGGAAGAAAAGAUUCGUUUUCGGAUGCAAAAAGAUUGGGGUUACAAUGAGUUGAUGCAAGAAAUUGCGAUCAGAUUUAGUUUGAAUGACGUUGGUGGGUAUAGUUUGAAGUACCUUGAUGAUGAUUCCGAAUGGGUAUUACUAACUUGUGAUGCUGAUGUAGAAGAGUGUAUCGAUGUGUAUCGAUCGUUUAAGGGUGGAACCAUUAGGCUCGUUCUUCGUGAGCCACAACUUGGUGUUGGUAGUAGUUUAGGUAGCAAUGCACCCUUGUCAUAAAUAGGGUGCACCCUUGUGCAUCAUGAUUCCUGACUUCUCAUGGGUUUGGUCAGGAACAAACCAUGUAAAAGUAUGAACUUAGUGUACUGAGCUCUCACAUUCGGAGGAGCCAAAGUCUGGAUAUGCAGCUUUUAGUUUUCAUUUUGAUGUGUCGAUGCAUUGUUGAGUUGUACAGUAUGUAUUUUCGAUUUUGUACUGUAUGCCUAUAGCAUGACAAUGGCAUUGUCGAAACAGUUGAGUACUUAUUUGGGAGAAAUGCAGAGUGUCGCUGAAGCUGAAACUGAUUGCUGUUAUUUUUAGUUACAGCAGAGUCAUAAUUAGGAGCUUUGUAUUAUGUAUGAAACAUGUAGUACUGAAGGUAGUAAAGGUACCACUUGUAAAAUAUUAGCUAUUGUUGCAAGUUGUAUCAUUUGUGCAA